AUGAGACACGGCGCCGGAGCGGUGCCACUGCUGCUCAACAUGUACCUGCCAGGCAGCGGGCAGAUCCAGCUGUGGCAGUUCCUGCUGGAGCUGCUCUCCGACCGGGCCAACCUGAACUGCAUCGCCUGGGAAGGCACAAACGGGGAGUUCAAGCUGAUCGACCCCGAUGAGGUGGCACGGCGCUGGGGCGAGCGGAAGAGCAAACCCAACAUGAAUUACGACAAGCUGAGCCGGGCACUGCGCUACUACUAUGAUAAGAACAUCAUGACCAAGGUCCACGGCAAGCGUUACGCCUACAAGUUCGACUUCCACGGGCUGGCGCAGGUGUGCCAGCCGUCCGCCCCCGAUCACACCCUCUACAAAUUUCAGGGCAACCUGGCCCCGCUGCCCUUCUCGGGCAUCUCCAAACUCAACCUCAUGACCUCGGGGGUGACGCCGGCUGGCUUCUCCUACUGGCCUGGCUCCAGCCCAUCCCUCUACCCCGGGCACGGGCUCCAGCCCUCUGCCCCGUUCAGUGCCAUGGCAGCCUCCCACCUCAACAACAUGAAUAACCAUUACCAUUAG